UAAAGUACGCAAUUUCUUUUUUCUUUUUUAAACUUUACAAGUAUAACUAGAUUUCACUUAGCUUAUUUCGCCAUUACAAAUCUAAAAGCCCUGCUAUUUUGCUACCCUGACAGCAGCGAAUUCACAAUCAAGGAUUCUAUCCGAUGAACCCGAGUGCACCAUGAAUAUAUUCAUUGCCCAAAGUGAUGUUCCAAGUCAUGUUCCAACAUUCGCUCAUUGCCUUCCUCAUCAUCGGGCUUUCCAAUGCGACCUGCAUUUCUUCUUCACAAUGUAGUCCUGUGUCGUUCUUGGUUAGUGCUAGCGCUAACAACAUCCUGUUUCCAUCUUUUCUUGGCACCAGCAACGCAAGUGUUAUUGCGGAGUUUCUCUAUUCCUCCCUUGCCAAUGGGUACACGAGCCAGGAAACAAAACAGGUUGACGGUGUUUUCGCCGUCAAUGGCACUUAUUGCCGUCCAUUAGUUGUCAAUCGUCACCAGCACAUCUUACAACUACUUGUGCAUGGCGUCACGUAUGACAGUUCUAUGUGGUCUGGCUUCGGCUAUUCAUCAACAUACGAUUGGCAACUUUUUGCGAGUAGACAGGGCUACCCAACUCUUGCAGUCGACAGACUUGGCCACGGUAUCAAUGCGAACUAUCCGGAUCCUUUUGAGAUAGUGCAAGGCCCAUUACAGGUGGAAUUAUUGCAUAGUCUGAUCGAGCUUCUCAAAGGCGGCAACUCGAGGGUUGGUCAGGUAGAUGGGCUUGUCUACGUCGGCCAUUCAUAUGGUUCUUCGCUAGGCAAUAAUUUGGCAGAAAGGUAUCCAGAAGAUGUGGACGCGUACAUCUUGACUGGAUUUUCCUCCAACGUCACCAUUUCAUCUAACGAUAUUGCCUAUUAUGAAAGUGCUGCAACGGUUGAUGACCGUUUCAAGAGUCUGCCACUGGGUUACCUCACUGUGUCAACGGAGAAGGCACGGACUGCGUCGUUCUAUGGCGGCCUCUUCGACGAAUCCUUGGCUCAAUACGACUACUCGAGGGAGGAUAGCGUAACUGUGGGAGAGUUUCUCUCCCCCGGACUUCGACCAGUGGCAACCACAUAUACACGGAAUGUCCUCGUUCUGAAUGGAGACCGAGAUUCAUUAUUUUGUGCUGGAAGUCCUAGCGAUUGUGCGCAAAUUCUCAACAAAACAGGCCAAGACCUAUUUCCACAGGCAGCAUAUGAAUAUCUGGUAAUAUCGAACACUGGGCACUGUUUAACUUUACAUCGAUCCGCGCCUCAAACUUUCGCGACUGCUCACGAUUGGUUGAGACAUGUGGAACUUCCAUCGCUGAUGAAGUGAGAAUCAAACGAAAGACAACCCUGUCAGUCAGGCUGUUUCAAACAAAACAAAACGGGCUCAAAUCAAUGGCAAACGAUCAUUUAAUUCUCAAUAUGUCGUCCUUAGGCGCGACAAUAUUAUUCUCAUGGCUUUUUACCCAGGAAGUCUAGUUCCAACUCAGUUAGCAUCGGUUUAUAGCCAUUGCUUUUAGCUAUUGAUUGGCUACAGCCGUUGUCCCAAGCCACCUGGAUAUAGCCAUAGAAUAAAUUCGAAAUCGAUUCUCAAUACAUCAUUACGUUCUCUCUUUACUUGCGCCGAAAGAUAACUCUAUCCCAAUACAAGCGCAUCGCGAAAAUAUCAAGUGGCUUAAGGCAACGGCUGCAGCCAAUCAAAACCAUCAUGA